GUCCCUGACAUCCUUGGAGAGCUCUUUGGUCUUGGCCAUGGUGGAGAGUUUGGAAUCUGAUUGAUUGAUUGCUUCUGUGGACAGGUGUCUUUUAUACAGGUAACAAGCUGAGAUUAGGAGCACUCCCUUUAAGAGUGUGCUCCUAAUCUCAGCUCGUUACCUGUAUAAAAGACACCUGGGAGCCAGAAAUCUUUUUGAUUGAGAGGGGGUCAAAUACUUAUUUCCCUCAUUAAAAUGCAAAUCAAUUCAUAACAUUUUUGACAUGCGUUUUUCUGGAUAUUUUUGUUGUUAUUCUGUCUCUCACUGUUCAAAUAAACCUACCAUUAAAAUUAUAGACGGAUCAUUUCUUUGUCAGUGGCCAAAUGUACAAAAUCAGCAGGGGAUCAAAUACUUUUUUCCCUCACUGUACAUCCCUGCCGGCCAUUCCCUCCCCUACCCUGGAUGACGCUGGGCCAAUUGUGCGCCGCCCCAUGGGUCUCCCAGUCGCGGCAGAGCCUGGAUUCGAAUCAGGAUCUCUAGUGGCACAGCUAGCACUGCAGUGCCUUAGACCACUGCGCCACUCGGGAGAGUGUAGGGUGUAGGGUACUAGGGUUUAGGGUGUAGGGUACUAGGGUUUAGGGUGUAGGGUACUACGGUUUAGGGUGUAGGGUAUUAGGGUAUUAGGGUGUAGGGUACUAGGGUUUAGGGUGCAGGGUACUAGGGUAUUAGGGUGUAGGGUAUUAGGGUACUAGGGUUUAGGGUGUAGGGUACUAGGGUUUAGGGUGUAGGGUACUACGGUUUAGGGUGUAGGGUGUUAGGGUACUAGGGUGUAGGGUUUAGGGUGUAGGGUACUAGGGUUUAGGGUGUAGGUACUACGGUUUAGGGUGUUGGGUAUUAGGGUACUAGGGUUUAGGGUGUAGGGUACUAGGGUUUAGGGUGUAGGUACUAGGGUUUAGGGUCACUAGGGUGUAGGGCACUAGGGUGUAGGGUUAAGGGUGUAGGGUACUAGGGUAUAGGGUACUAGGGGUAGGGUACUAGGUGUGUAGGGUACUAGGGUGUAGGGUACUAGGGUACUAGGGUACUAGGGUGUAGGGUACUAGGUAUAUUGUAGGUAUAGGGUGUAGGGUACUAGGGUGUAGGGUAUAGUGUGUAGGUCUAGGGUGUAGGGUAGGGUACUAGGUUUAGGUGCGGGUACUAGGUUGUGGGUACUAGGGUGUAGGGUUUAGGGUGUAGGGUACUAGGGUUUAGGGUGUAGGGUAUUAGGUGUAGGGUAUUAGGGUUUAGGGUGUAGGUUACUAGGGGUUUAGGGUAUAGGGUACUAGGGUUUAGGGUGUAGGGUUUAGGGUGUUAGGUACUAGGGUGUAGGGUUUAGGGUGUUGGGUACUAGGGUGUAGGGUAUUAGGGUAUAGGGUACUAGGGUUUAGGGUGUAGGGGUUUAGGGUGUUGGGUUUUAGUUCAGAUCCAGGGGCUUCCAAGUGAGUGACUCAGCAGGAUCUGCUAUUUCUCUGAAUGGAAAUGUACUGUAUCGCCAUGUAACUGCAGAGUCUUGUGAAAUAGUGUUCUGUACUUUCAGUUUUCCUCGUGUAAACUGACUUCUAAUGUAACUGACUGGUGCACUGCACAGCAGUCUGAACUCACUGACCUUAACUGCUACAUAUUGUAGUAUCUACAUAAUAUCAUCACUUCUAUUUCUCAGUGAGGUCUGCCUCUCUGUAUCUUCAGGCCUCCGCUGUGUCUCCUGCUGCUGUUUUCCUGCUCAUUUGACUGCAUUGAUGUAUUCUCAAUGUAUACGUUUGUUUAAUUUCUGUUUUACAUUGUAUACAGUUUUUCUACUGACCCUGUCCCGCCGGCAGCCCGUCUCUGCCCCCAAUCGAAUUGGGACGCUACAAUAAACAUACUGACGUGACUCUGUCCCCCUCCCUCUCUCUGCAGCGUGUCCCAACCGUGACUCUGUCCCCCUCCCUCUCUCUGCAGCGUGUCCCAACCGUGACUCUGUCCCCCUCCCUCUCUCUGCAGCGUGUCCCAACCGUGACUCUGUCCCCCUCCCUCUCUCUGCAGCGUGUCCCAACCGUGACUCUGUCCCCCUCCCUCUCUCUGCAGCGUGUCCCAACCGUGACUCUGUCCCCCUCCCUCUCUCUGCAGCGUGUCCCAACCGUGACUCUGUCCCCCUCCCUCUCUCUGCAGCGUGUCCCAACCGUGACUCUGUCCCCCUCCCUCUCUCUGCAGCGUGUCCCAACCGUGACUCUGUCCCCCUCCCUCUCUCUGCAGCGUGUCCCAACCGUGACUCUGUCCCCCUCCCUCUCUCUGCAGCGUGUCCCAACCGUGACUCUGUCCCCCUCCCUCUCUCUGCAGCGUGUCCCAGCCCCCAUCUGACACGGCGUCUCCCUCCUCCGGCCCAGUGAUGACGUCCCGGGUGUUGAUGAGGCAGGAGCUGAUGCGCCAGCAGGCCAGGGACCAGGAGAGGAGAGAGGCCCAGCAGCAGGUCUCCUCAGCCCAGCUACGCAGCGCCGACUCCUCCCCAGCCAUCUCCAUGGCCCCAGCGCACGCCGGGGCCCCUGCUCAGGUCCCUGUGGAGGUCCUCAAGGUACAUCAUGCACCGCCUGGAGCACUCUGACGACUGGGUUUGGGGAGGACUGCACCUGCUUCUGACAACGAACGUCUUAUCUGUUCGUGCUUAUUAAAUGGAAGUCUUACAGUGCAUUAUACCUGCAUUGUUAAUGACCUCCAUUUGUCUAAUUGACUAAUCUCCCUCUUCUCUUUCUCUCUUCGCGAGCGUCAUCGUCUGCAUAGCUCUCUAUCUCUCUCUCUUCUCUCUCUCUCUCUCUCGCUAGGCUCUUCCCUCCUCUCUCUCUCUCAUCUCUCUCUCUCUCCUCUCUCUCUCUCCUCUCUCCUCUUCCCCCCCCCCCUCCAGGUUCACAUACCCACUGGAGAACCCACUAAGUCCACAUCUCAUGCCUCUCAUAGACACAGGUGAAAACACUACCUCUCCUCCACCCUGGGAACAAACUGACCAAUCAGACACUGGGCGCCUCCCCCUCGCCUCAGUCCGGAUCCGCCCCUUCUCUCCAGCCUGCAGCCAGCAGCACUCCCAGCAGCCCACUGGCUGUGCUCAGCCUGAGCGCCAACAAGGAGGAGGUACGUCACCGUUGUAAACAUAGAGAUACAAAACUAAUACUGUUCUGUUUCAUUCUGUGGUCUCACAUCUCUGCAACCCAGUCUAGGAAGUACAUGGGAGCUUGGGUUGAUUUUAACCCUUGAAAAAUCUGGGAAUAAUGCCCGUGCAGCUGCCAUGAUGAGGGAAAAUAAUAGCCUCUAAUAUCCCACUUCUAUUCAGCCGCUUCAAUCACCUCUACACUUAAACAACAGCAGGCUUCCGUGAGGUGGCGUUUCCUAAAUAUUAGGUUGGUCUACGUUGUAUAGACCUUAUUGUAAGUGGCUCUGGAUAAGCGCGGCUGCUAAAUAAGUGUUAUUGUACCAGUUGUAGACGUUAUUAUGAGUUUCUUUGGGUGUUCCGGUCUCCCGAGUGGCGCAGUGGUCUAAGGCACUGCAUCGCAGUGCUAGCUGUGCCACUAGAGAUCCUGGUUCGAAUCCAGGCUCUGUCGUAGCCGGCCGUGACCGGGAGACCCAUGGGGCGGCGCGCAAUUGGCCCAGCGUCGUACAGGGUAGGGGAGGGAAUGGCCAGCAGGGAUGUAGCUCAGUUGAUAGAGCAUGGCGUUUGCAACGCCAGGGUUGUGGGUUCGUUUCCCACAGGGGGUAUGAAAAAAAAUAAUGUAAGUCGCUCUGGAUAAGAGCGUCUGCUAAAUGACGUAAAUGUAAAUGUAAAUGUUCCUCCUAAUGUAUUCUACAUUGUCUUGGUCUUCCAGUUCCUUUAAAUUCAACAGGAGUUAUUACCCCCUGUAAUAACACAUAGAAUUCUGUUGUAGCCUCACUUUGUGGCGGGUCUGUCUGUCUGUCUGUCUCCUGCACCUUGCUAGCUAGCUGUCCUGUCUGUCUGUCCUGUCUGUCUCCUGCACCUUGCUAGCUAGCUGUCCUGUCUGUCUGUCUGUCUGUCUGUCUCCUGCACUUAGCUAGCUAGCUGUCCUGUCUGUCUGUCGGUGUGUCUGUCUGUCUCCUGCACCUUGCUAGCUAGCUGUCCUGUCUGUCUGUCUGUCUGUCUCCUGCACCUAGCUAGCUGUCCUGUCUGUCUGUCUGUCUCCUGCACCUUGCUAGCUAGCUGUCCUGUCUGUCUGUCCUGUCUGUCCUGUCUGUGUCUGUCUGUCUGUCGGUGUGUCUGUCUGUCGGUGUGUCUGUCUGUCUCCUGCACCUUGCUAGCUAGCUGUCCUGUCUGUCUGUCUGUGUCUGUCCUGUCUGUGUCUGUCUGUCUGUCUGUCGGUGUGUCUGUCUGUCGGUGUGUCUGUCUGUCUCCUGCACCUUGCUAGCUAGCUGUCCUGUCUGUCUGUCCUGUCUGUGUCUGUCUGUCUGUCUGUCUGUCUGUCGCGGGUCUGUCGGUGUGUCUGUCUGUCUGUCUGUCUGUCUGUCUGUCGGUGUGUCUGUCGGUGUGUCUGUCUGUCGGUGUGUCUGUCUGUCUGUCUGUCGGUGUGUCUGUCGGUGUGUCUGUCUGUCUGUGUGUCGGUGUCUCUGUCUGUCUGUCUGUCUGUGUGUCUGUCUGUCGGUGUUUCUGUCUGUCGGUGUUUCUGUCUGUCGGUGUGUCUGUCCUGUCUGUGUCUGUCUGUCUGUCGGUGUGUCUGUCUGUCUGUCGGUGUGUCUGUCUGUCGGUGUGUCUGUCUGUCGGUGUGUCUGUCUGUCGGUGUGUCUGUCUGUCGGUGUGUCUGUCGGUGUGUCUGUCUGUCUGUCUGGAGUGGGUCUGUCUGUCUCCUGCACCUUGCUCUGUGGCUCUGUGUGUUUGGCACCACAUUGUGCUGUCAAAUACCACAGGACUAGCUGUCCUGUCUGUCUGUCCGUCUCCUGCACCUUGCUCUUUUGGCACCACAUUGUUCUGUUAAAUCCAACGUUGGCCAGCCUAAUAAUCUCUGCACGCUUCACAAUUCACACCACAGAGACUUCAAUUAAAGGUGUACUCCGCUUCACACCACAGAGACUUCAAUUAAAGGUGUACUCCGCUUCACACCACAGAGACUUCAAUUAAAGGUGUACUCCGCUUCACACCACAGAGACUUCAAUUAAAGGUGUACUCCGCUGCCUGUUGUUUUUGUCAGUCUGUGUCAGUCGCUUCUGGAGAAAAACCUCGUUCAUUUGCCCCUGAGGGGAUUAAUAAAGUUGAAUUGAAACGUAUUUUAACUGGAAUUUAAAGUCACUGUGUUGAUAAAGCUCUUACUCAGACUGGUAUGGUCCUAAAGGAGGGGUUGACUUGCAGCAAAUAAUGAAAUAGUCUGAAGAAACCAUUUCAUAGAAAGUGUGAAGAAGCUAUUUCAUAGAAAGUGUGAAGAAGCUAUUUCAUAGGAAGAGUGUGAGUCCAUUUCAUUGUGGCUUGUGAAAUGGUGCCUCAUUCAUAAAGUGCCGUGUGGAGUGUUCCAGUGAAGUUUCCUAUGGAUGACUCACCCGGUCUAACGCGCUAGCUCAAUCUGGCUGUAUGUCUGACCCAAGGUGCAGGGAGACCAGGGACCGUAUGUAUAAAGCACCUCAGACUAUGAGGACUGAUCUAGGAUCAGGUUUCUCCAUGUCCAUUUAAUCUUAUUCAUUAUGAUCUAAAAGGCUAAACUAAUCCUAGAUCAGCACUCCUUAUCUGAGACACUAGAUGAAGGAGGGAGGGAGGGAGGGAGGAGGGAGAGAGGGAGGGAGGGUGGGUGGGGUGGGUGGGAGGGAGGGAGGGAGGGGCUUUUGGGAGGGAAUGGUGGGGUGGGUGGGUGGGGGGGAGGGAGGGAGGGGGACUGUGUGGGAGGGAGGGAGGGAGGGUGGGUGGAUGGGAGGGAGGGAGGGUGGGUGGGUGGGAGGGAGGGAGGGAGGGAGGGUGGGUGGGAGGGAGGGACUGUGUGGGAGGGAGGGUGGGAGGGAGGGAGGGAGGGUGGGUGGGUGGGUGGGGUGGUUGGGUGGGAGGGAGGGAGGGAGGGUGGGAGGGAGGGAGGGAGGGAGGGUGGGAGGGAGGGAGGGACUGGGAGGGAGGGAGGGAGGGACUGGGUGGGUGGGAGGGAGGGAGGGAGGGUAGAUGUGUAUAAUGUCACCUCUUCCUCUACUGACCCCAGAGCCGUUUGUAUUUCAGAUGGAAGAUGUGAUCGAUGACAUCAUCAGUCUUGAAUCCAGUCUCAACGAUGAGUUCUUUACGUUGAUCGACUCUGGCCUACAUCUAGCCAACACGGUAUGCAGUAAGACAUACAUUAACCAAACCUUACAUACUCUGGCCUACAUCUAGCCAACACGGUAUGUAGUGAGACAUACAUUAACCAAACCUUACAUACUCUGGCCUACAUCUAGCCAACACGGUAUGCAGUAAGACAUACAUUAACUAAACCUUACAUACUCUGGCCUACAUCUAGCCAACACGGUAUGCAGUAAGACAUACAUUAACCAACCUUACAUACUCUGGCCUACAUUAGCCAACACGGUAUGCAGUAAGACAUACAUUAACUAAACUUACAUACUCUGGCCUACAUCUAGCCAACACGGUAUGCAGUAAGACAUACAUUAACCAAACCUUACAUACUCUGGCCUACAUCUAGCCAACACGGUAUGCAGUAAGACAUACAUUAACCAAACCUUACAUACUCUGGCCUACAUCUAGCCAACACGGUAUGCAGUAAGACAUACAUUAACUAAACCUUACAUACUCUGGCCUACAUCUAGCCAAACACGGUAUGUAGUAAGACAUACAUUAACUAAACCUUACAUACUCUGGCCUACAUCUAGCCAACACGGUAUGCAGUAAGACAUACAUUAACCAAACCUUACAUACUCUGGCCUACAUCUAGCCAACACGGUAUGCAGUAAGACAUACAUUAACCAAACCUUACAUACUCUGGCCUACAUCUAGCCAACACGGUAUGCAGUAAGACAUACAUUAACUAAACCUUACAUACUCUGGCCUACAUCUAGCCAACACGGUAUGUAGUAAGACAUACAUUAACUAAACCUUACAUACUCUGGCCUACAUCUAGCCAACACGGUAUGCAGUAAGACAUACAUUAACCAAACCUUACAUACUCUGGCCUACAUCUAGCCAACACGGUAUGCAGUAAGACAUACAUUAACCAAACCUUACAUACUCUGGCCUACAUCUAGCCAACACGGUAUGCAGUAAGACAUACAUUAACUAAACCUUACAUACUCUGGCCUACAUCUAGCCAACACGGUAUGCAGUAAGACAUACAUUAACUAAACCUACAUACUCUGGCCUACAUCUAGCCAACACGGUAUGCAGUAAGACAUACAUUAACUAAACCUUACAUACUCUGGCCUACAUCUAGCCAACACGGUAUGCAGUAAGACAUACAUUAACUAAACCUUACAUACUCUGGCCUACAUCUAGCCAACACGGUAUGUAGUAAGACAUACAUUAACUAAACCUUACAUACUCUGGCCUACAUCUAGCCAACACGGUAUGUAGUAAGACAUACAUUAACUAAACCUUACAUACUCUGGCCUACAUCUAGCCAACACGGUAUGCAGUAAGACAUACAUUAACCAAACCUUACAUACUCUGGCCUACAUCUAGCCAACACGGUAUGCAGUAAGACAUACAUUAACCAAACCUUACAUACUCUGGCCUACAUCUAGCCAACACGGUAUGCAGUAAGACAUACAUUAACUGAACCUUACAUACUCUGGCCUACAUCUAGCCAACACGGUAUGCAGUAAGACAUACAUUAACCAAACCUUACAUACUCUGGCCUACAUCUAGCCAACACGGUAUGUAGUGAGACAUACAUUAACUAAACCUUACAUACUCUGGCCUACAUCUAGCCAACACGGUAUGUAGUGAGACAUACAUUAACUAAACCUUACAUACUCUGGCCUACAUCUAGCCAACACGGUAUGUAGUAAGACAUACAUUAACUAAACCUUACAUACUCUGGCCUACAUCUAGCCAACACGGUAUGUAGUAAGACAUACAUUAACUAAACCUUACAUACUCUGGCCUACAUCUAGCCAACACGGUAUGCAGUAAGACAUACAUUAACUAAACCUUACAUACUCUGGCCUACAUCUAGCCAACACGGUAUGCAGUAAGACAUACAUUAACUAAACCUUACAUACUCUGGCCUACAUCUAGCCAACACGGUAUGCAGUAAGACAUACAUUAACCAAACCUUACAUACUCUGGCCUACAUCUAGCCAACACGGUAUGUAGUAAGACAUACAUUAACUAAACCUUACAUACUCUGGCCUACAUCUAGCCAACACGGUAUGCAGUAAGACAUACAUUAACCAAACCUUACAUACUCUGGCCUACAUCUAGCCAGCACGGUAUGCAGUAAGACAUACAUUAACUAAACCUUACAUACUCUGGCCUACAUCUAGCCAACACGGUAUGUAGUAAGACAUCAUACCAAGAACAUGUGACUAUGCAUUCACUCCUGGAGAUAAAUGAAUCAUCUGUAAGCCUGCUUCUUCAAAUGAAACUCAUGCAUGCCUUUUGUGGCUUGAUACUGCUGCAAGCGGUUGAUUAUGGAAUCUUCUCCAGAGGCCAGUCACUGAAAGUUGCCCCUGGGUCUUACUGGCUUAUCAACACAUUGAUAGCCAUGUCUUUGUGUCUCAGUGAGUGUCCAUGCUGCUUUGUGUUGUCAGAGAUAAUUGAUUUUUUUGGAGCAGGGCGGUUGGAUGUCAAGUCAGAGACGGUGGAAUCCAGCCUGGCGGUGAGAGUAAACAUACUGUUCUGACACAUGGCUAACAGUGGCCAGGACAGGACAGGACAGGCCAGAGUAGGCUAGAGCAGGGUGGGGUGUGGUCAGUCAACCUGUGUGUAGAACGCUGAUCGCUUAACUGUGGAGACUGUGGAGACUAAGGGUUAGCUAACCGUGGACCGGAGGAGAGAGAGAGAGAGAGAGAGAGGUGUUUCUUUCCCCCCCCCUGACGACGUUUGGCUAUUUCUCAACCGUCGGUUCAGAGAGAAAGGGGAAGUGAGAGCGGUUUGGUUUGGCAGGAGAAAGAUGAGGAUUCUGGUUGUUCUGGAGCAGCAGCAUAACACCAUAAAUAAGAUGAUGCAGGUAAAAUAAAUGUUGUUCUGUGGAGUUUUCUAUGAAAUGAAUAAGAGUCGUUUGUGUUUUGAAGAGGUUAGUUGAGAUAAGAAUUUGGGUUUUGAGUUCGUCUGGAUUUGUUUAGGUUUCUCACUGAAUUGAUUUUGACGUUGUAUCUGUCUACAGGCUCAGGUUUAUCUUGAAACUGAUAUGUAG